ACAUACGAUAGUCACAUGUUUCUGUAAAAUGGACGGACCGCUCGCCCUGAUGCUCUCACUGCUUGCCAUUGUUCUGCUCGCCUCAUCUUCGCCUUUAAUAUACUCCUCCCUGUCUCACUCCAAUGACCACCCCCGCAUACCCAGCGCUACCCCACGGAACCCCAAGUUCAAGACUUCCCGAUACAAGACGGAAUGUGGCACGUUGACGGAUCUAAGCUUUAUCGGCUGUGAGGUGUGUAAGUUAGCUGUGGAGGGACUGAAAGACUUAGUGGAGAAACAGAGUACCGAGGAAGAUAUUGUCACAUUUAUGACGCUCAUCUGUAAAAAGUUCGACAUAGAGGAUGACAAAGUGUGUGACGACAUUAUUAAGGAAUACAAAGAUGAGUUUAUUGGGGUUGCCCUGCGCCUCGUUUUGAGCCCUGAAGAGGUCUGUGGAAUUCUCCUUGGUAACAACUGUGGUACGCCCUAUGACCCCAAUGACCUUUGGAAUGUGACCUUACCUUCAACCCCCAAACCUCCACUGACCCCCAGGGUACUACCCAAGGCUGGCUCCCCCAAGCUUCGCAUCCUCCAUGUGUCAGACAUCCACAUUGACCCGGGCUAUGAAGUCGGGUCAAAGGUCAAGUGUGGUGAGCCUCUCUGUUGUCGUCAAGGAGAUGGAAAAGCAGCCCCGGGAGAGGCAGGUGCGGGUUUGUGGGGAACAGUGGACGCCUGUGAUGUCCCAUUCAGCCUGGUCGACAGCUUAUUCAAACACCUCAGCUCGAUACAGGACCAGUUUGAUGUGGUUUACUUCACUGGAGAUAUACCCCCACACAAUGUCUGGAACCAGUCUAAAGGGGACCAGAUAGGUGCACUUCAACAAUUCACUGACCUCAGUCUAAAGUACCUGCCAAAGAAACCCAUCUACUGCACUCUGGGUAAUCAUGAAAGUGCCCCUGUUAAUAGCUUUCCUCCUCCAUACAUUAAUGACAAAGACUCCAUCAGCUGGCUGUAUGAAGCAGUGGCCGACUCCUGGAAGAACUGGCUGCCACAGGAAACCAUGCCUACCAUAAAAAGUGGGGGAUUUUACACUGUAAAGCUGGGCGACAAGUUCAGAUUGAUCUCAUUGAACAUGAACUACUGCAACAAUAUGAACUGGUGGUUGUUGAUCAACACUACAGACCCUACAGGACAGCUCCAGUGGCUUGUUGAUACCCUCCAGCAGUCAGAGGACAGCAAGGAGAAGGUCCACAUCAUUGGUCACAUUCACCCGGGGGGAGGGAGUUGUCUGAAGGCCUGGAGCUGGAACUAUUACAGGAUUGUUAACAGGUAUGAAUCCACCAUAGCUGGUCAGUACUUUGGGCACAGUCACACAGACUGGUACGAGGUUUUUUACGAUGAUGUCACGUUCAAGAGACCGACCAGUGUUCUGUACAUUCCUGGGAGUGUCACGACCUUCACCAGCCUUAACCCUGGCUUCAGAAUCUACGAGAACGACGGCAUGUAUCAAAACAGCUCCUGGACAACUUUGGAUUUUACCAAUUACUACCUUAACCUCACUGAAGUGAACCGCAGUAAUAAACCUGUGUGGCAGAAAGAAUACAGUGCUAAGGAAACCUAUGGUCUAAAGACUCUGUUUCCUGAGGACUGGAGUGAACUCAUUUAUCGGAUGAAAGCAAAUGACACGCUCUUCCAGACUUUCCACAGACAUUACUACAAAAUGGCCACUCCUCCUUCUUGUACAGGAAAAUGUAAGACCGACUUGUUAUGUGACCUCAAAUCUGGGAGGUCACAUGACCCAGCUUUGUGUGUGGACAUCCAGUCCUAGACACUGAGGCCAUUCAUUGGACAGUUAUUCCCAGACCAAUCGAUAACCCAUAUAGGGUGUUUGUUACCGAGAAAAUACUCAUUUUUAUAAGAUGUAUCAAACUGUGUUGUUAUUUAUAACUGUUUACAGUGCAUCACAAAGUAUUCCAAAGAAGUAUUGUAUACACUACAUAUUUUGUUAAAUAAUGUACACAUUGUGUUAAAUAAUGUACACAUUGCGUUAAAUAAUGUACACAUUGUUAAAUAAUGUACACAUUGUGUUAAAUAAUGUACACAUUGUGUUGGUUUAUGUUUAUCACUAAGUGACACUACUUAAUUGUAGACAGUUGUUGAAAUCAUUGAUUGAUAAUCUCUUUUUUUACUAUGUAAUUAUCUAUCAUUGAUUGAUAAUAUGCAAUUGAAUAUCAUUGAUUGAUAUCCUUUUUGUAAUAUGUAAUUAUAUAUCAUUGAUAUAAUAUGAACAAAUUCCUCUAUUUCUGAGCUGUUUUUUUGUAUAAUACAUAUCAAAUGGUUGGUCAUGAUUAAUGACGCUUUGUCUUAACUCCGGUGAUAGAAAACAAAAAUUAUCAUGAGCUGAAUCAAAAUCACAUCACAAAUCAUGGGUUAUUCUAUCAAUCAUGCAGCAGUUUAGGUUCUUUACCUUUGUUUCCAGUCUGAAGCAAAGACUGGCAUGGUCAGAUUGAGAGGUUAUGGUCUGAUAGAGAGAUCAUGGUCAGAUAGAGAGGUCAAGGUCAGGCUUCUAUAGAGAGCCCCUGCUUAUAACAGGUCACUAGGAAAUUAGGUGACCUACAUAACAAAAAGCUACAGCCUGUUUAAGUCUUCUCAACAAUUUUAUUGAGUAAAUCCCUAUGUAAAAUAAAAACCAAUAAACAAAAACAAUGUAAGAACAACAGAAUUAAUGUAACAGCAAUUAUGUUAGCACCAAAGUGACCCAGUCAUGACAGACUUGUCUCCCCGCAUCUCUGACAAGCUUAGGUGCCACAGCGGGGGAAUACACACCAUUUACCAAUUCAUCUCCUCUAAUCUAUUUCAUUCAUUCAUUUUUAAUAGAGGUUUUAUUUCACUUAAUUGAUAAGACUAGUCAACAGACUUAUUUAUACUCCCUGGUUGUCAUCUCAUCAUAUUGUAAAUGUAUUUUGAUUAUCAUGUGAUUUUAAUAAUGAAAUAAAAAAGUGUCACUUUAAA